UUGUUCGCAUCGGCGGAGAAGGUGUCAACGCAAUACUCUAUUAAAAAUCGCUGGAACGCGUCAAAAUCUCUGAUAAUUUUGUUGCGAUCUCUCGGAAAAAUCAAAGAAAAUUAUCGUAUUCGCUUCGAAAAAGUACUCGCGAGUUUGUGUGUUGUGUAAUUUUUUUGUUAUUAUCAAAAAAGAAGACGAAAAAAAAUAAACUUAAAAAGUUCAACGAAACCAGAAAGAGAGAAAAAGAAACACAAACAUAUGUGUGACAGUUCUCGGUGCAAAUAAUCAUUAAAUAAAUAAAUAAAGGCGAGAACAAGCUUUUAAUUGUCAUUCGACGACAAAACAAAGAAAAAAAAUUACCUGAAUUUUCCGGAUUUUCCACACGAACCAGAGAUUCACCAAAUGAAGAGGUAGAAGACGUCGAGACAUCAUCAAAUUUUAAUGUGUCUUAGCAGAAAAUCCGAAUAUUUUAGUGAUUAGAUACAAAAAAAGACAUAAAAAAAAUUAAAAAGUAAAAGUGAUUUAAAAAAAAUUAAGAACAUGCCAAUUGUGCUAAACAGUUCCGUACCUCUGCCGAAUCUCAAGUUAUACACGUCGAUCAGUGUCUUGCUUGUGAGCAGUUGCUUCUACUAUGCCAUCAGUGUGACGAGCGACCCAAACUGGAAACUCGAUACAAACGCGACGCUCUUUCCGAGUCAAAAUGGUGACAGUAGUUUGGAGGAAAUCCUCUCCAUGCAGGACGAGAUCAACGAGAAGGAGACAAUUAUGGAGAAUUUCAACAAUUUGCAAGAAACAAUUUUAGCGGCGAUUCAGUCGAAAAAUCAGAAUGGCGACGAGGAGCUGGAGGAAAUGGUGGCGCCGCAACAAACGCAUGCCGAUCGCAGUAUCAGGACACGGUUCAAGGAUAUCUUGGCGUUUAUGAUGUCGGAACCGGUUUGCAUUUGGACUCUCAUAAAUAUGGCGUAUUGUUGCCUAAUACUGAUGGGCAAGUCCAUUCAGAAGCUCGUUUUUGGUGAAUUACGGAUAUCAGAACAGCAGCACAUGAAAGACAAAUUAUGGAAUUUCAUUUUCUACAAAUUCAUCUUUUUAUUUGGCGUCGUUAGUGUUCAAUAUUUACAUGAGGUAAUUCUUUGGGUUUCAUGGUUUUCCGUGUUGGGAUUUUUGCAUUUGAUGUCACAAUUGUGCAAGGAUCGCUCGGAAUAUCUGACAUUCUCCCCAACCUCUCCCGGAUGGUCGCAUUUCCGUCUCGUGGGUCUCCUAUCCGCCAUUCUCACAAUUUCGGGCGUCAUGAUGGUGAUUGCCUUUUGCGUGGGCUUAUUCGCUGGCAUCAAUACGUUCUGUUUCAUGGCAGCUGAGGUUGUGCUUCUGACAAUAAAAACACUGCACGUUCUUAUCAGAUACGGAAUAUUUUUGUACGAUAUGAGACAAGGCGGAUUAAAUAACGAAUCGUCGUCGUGGGACAAACGCGGUCCGAUUUCCUACUACAUUGAGCUUUCAUUCGAAAUUGGCGCGCUCGUGAUUGAUCUGCUGCACCAUUUGCAUAUGCUAAUAUGGAGUAACAUCUUUUUAUCAAUGGCCUCAUUGGUGAUUGUGAUGCAGCUGAGAUAUCUAACGAACGAGAUCCAGCGAAAAAUAAAGAAGCAUAGAAAUUAUUUGUUGGUGUUGAAUCACAUGGAAAAGAGCUACCCGCAGGCAAGUGCUGAAGACUUAUCUCUCAACUCAGACAAUUGUGCAAUUUGCUGGGAAAAAAUGGAGUCUGCAAGAAAACUGCCAUGUUCACACUUGUUCCAUAAUUCUUGUCUACAAUCUUGGCUGGAACAAGAUGCCAGUUGUCCCACUUGUCGUUGCAGCUUGAGCAUCCAUAGCUACAGCAGUCAGCACGUGCAUGCGAACGAAAUUCGCAUUGAUGAGCCAGAAACGAAUCAAAGGACCGGAAAUAAUCACUUUUUCCAUUUCAAUGGUUCUCGUUAUGUGUCGUGGUUGCCAAACUUUUCUGUGGAAGUUACUCACAUCAACGACAUUUUGCGACGCGGAGAUCCCGUGCAACAAACGCAAAAUCACACGUCACAAGUGCGAAAUAUGGCACGCGUCGUGCAAGAAAUGUUUCCCCGCAUUCCCCUGAGUACAAUUAUCACGGAUCUGCAGGUGUCCCAUUCGAUAGAAGCGACAAUCGACAACAUCCUGGAAGGUCGUUUACCUGUUCCGUCCUCGCGUUUCCAGGAUUUCGAUGCGGAAAAUGACGCCGGUGAAGGUCCAAGUACGUCACGCGCUACUGCAAAUGCUUCUGAAGCAUCUUCAUCUGGCGCCGCUGCCACCGAAGGACCUUUUGCCAUCCGAUCAGCAAGCGAUUACUACGUUUCGCCCAAUUUGGAUUACUCGCCGUUGGCGUCGAAUGUCACGAAUAGCAGCGAAAGCAGUGGAAACUCGUCCCCCACAUCAACGACAUCCAGCAGUGGCUACGAAGUCGAGCGGAAUAACAGCAUCUUCGGCAAUCAGAACGACUUGUUGCGCGAAGAAAGUUUCGAGGAUGUCCGUUCCGAGCAAUUUUCAAUCAAUUCGGAGGAACGCGAACGCAUCUUGCAAAAACGCAAGGACCAACUUCUCGUGAAUGCACGAAAACGGUAUCUGGAAAAGUUCUCGACGACGACAAACGACACUCAGGGCAACAAUGCGAGCACGAGCUCAUCCGAGAAUGAUUUGAGAAGCAGAUCCUCCGUUUUGUCGUCGUCCACAGACUAAGAAGCCGCUGCGCCGCUUUCAUGCAGAGCCAAAGAGAGGCAGAAAUCUAAAAACUCAUCAGUGCCACAAAAUGCUCUUUAGGAAAAAAAACACGUUUUUUUAUUGUUAAAGACUGGCUUUCAACUCAAAUACGAAUCAAACAAGGGAGCGUACCUCUGAAUUUUAUAGAAUUUGCUACAAUUUGUGAUUUAUUUUCUGACUUACAAGAUGUGUAACAUAAAAAAACCCCAACUUAAAACGCAAAUCCUAAAAACCUAUUAGUUUGUAGAAGACACGAAUGAACAAAAAUAAAUAUUUAUCAACAAACAAGUCAUUAGUUAAUAAGGAAGUGCUUAAAAAUCUUUGGAGAUAAUUUUGAUUUUUUUUUCUUUUAAUUAUACUAGAUUUUAAUUGUGUAAAUAUAUUCUGUAACUAAAUGAUUAAUGAAUAGAACAAAAAAAUUGAAUUAAUUUAAGCGAUGAAAAAAUAA